AUGGCUGCUACUGCGGCUGCUGCUCUCCGGUUUGUUCCCCCAAACCCCACUCCCAAGAAAACUGUCCACUCCUUCUCUAAACCCAAUCUUGUCUCAUCAUCGCGGUUUUCUCUUCCUCUACCUCCCUGCAAAUGUUCCUUCACUGCCCCUCUUUCCACUACGACCUAUCAGUUUUCUGACGCUGCUUCUGAGAUGGAGUUAAGAUUACAUAUAGGAGGCAUGGGUAUAAUAAGCACAAAAGACAUAUCUGUUAAUGCAGACGAUACAUCCUUAGAUAUCACACUCUUGCGCUCAGGAUCUCCCAUUACCUUGAUACAAACUAAUCCUCUCUUUGACAGGAUUAAACCCUCCGAAACAAUAUGGUAUAUAGAUGAUGAUCAGCUUGUUGUGAGUUUCAAGAAACACGACCCUGACUUGAAAUGGCCUGAUAUCAUGGAAUCAUGGGAAUCACUUGCUGCCGGAUCAUCCCAGCUUUUGAAAGGAACUUCAAUUUACCUUGUCGGUCAUUCCACUGAAAUCAACCAGAAAGUGGCUCAAGAGCUUGCUACUGGUCUCGGAUACACACCACUUAGUACGCAAGAGUUGCUGGAAUCUUAUUCCAACCAAACCGUGGAUUCAUGGCUGCUUGCUGAAGGUUCUGACUCGGUAGCUGAAGGUGAAGGCGCUGUACUUGAAAGCAUAAGUUGUCAUGUAAGGACAGUAGUUGCAACAUUAGGAGGUAGACAAGGUGCUGCUGGAAGAUCUGAUAAAUGGAGACAUCUUUAUGCAGGAUUUACUGUCUGGUUGUCACAAACUGAAGCAUCAGAUGAAGAUUCUGCAAAGGAGGAGGCACACCGAAAUGUCAAAGAUGGCAUAACUGCAUACACAAACUCAGAUGUUGUUGUCAAACUACAGGGAUGGGAUCCUGCCUAUGCUAAAAGUGUGGCACAAGGAUGUUUGAGGGCCCUAAAACAGUUAAUCCUAUCUGACAAGAAACUUCCAGGUAAAAAAGGCUUAUACAUAAGAUUGGGAUGUCGUGGUGAUUGGCCGAAUAUUAAGCCCCCUGGUUGGGAUCCGUCAAGUGAAGGCGGAAAAACUCUUGGCACAUAA